AUGAGACUCUCAAAUGAUGAUGAAAGUCAAGACUCGAGUGAGCAACAAAUCAUAAAAAAACUAACAGAAUUGUUUCCCCAAUUAGAACUCGAGGAAGAAUCUUUACUCAAUUGGGAGGUUGAAUUGGCAGAAAGCAUUGAUACCUAUGGAAUAGAAGAAGCAAUUGCAGGUAUUGCACAUUUUGAACCAGACAUUGAACCUACCAUUCAUGACCGUAACGUCAGCACCGUGUUAGACUUGAUCAAGGGGCAUAUCCAAGAGGGCAACGAAUUCGGCAGUCUUAUAAUAGAAAUUCUAUGUUCUACACUUUCUCAAAGCCAACAACUCAGGAUCAAAAACCAUGGCAACUUACCUAUACUCAUUAACUUGUAUAUGAGUCUUUUAAAGGGUUAUACAAACCAUGAGACUUUUACUACACUUAAUGCGCUCAAGAAACUAAUUUUAAUCUUGAUGGAUUUAGGAUGCGACAUAGAUACGUUUCGAAAGAUUGUGUCUCCGCUCUACACAGGUUCGAAUGAGUUGAUGUGUCAAGAAUUGAUGGAAUUGCUAAAUCAAAUUUUGGAAAAAUACCCAACCCAUUACCCAUUCAUUCUCACAAACCAGCAAAUAAACUUUCCGAUUUCAGAUAGCAUCAACAAAUCAUUUUCGAUUUACGGUUGGAUAAAGUUGAGUAACCCGAAUAUUGAGAGCAAUAACUUCUGUAUUGUGACCUUGUUGAGCUCUGAUUCGUCCACGUGCACGAUUUUCACACUCCGGAUCGUGAACGGAAACCAGAUCAUGGUGGAGUUGAAAAACCCAGUGAACAAAUCGCGAUCUCAGUUUGCUUUCAAUCACAUCAUAAAUGAGGCUGUCGAUGAACCGUUUCAAAUUGCAUUAACGUACGAUGAGAGAACGAAUCUUAACUUAUACAUCAAUGGGGAAUUACAUGAAAGCAUACCUUGCGCUGGGCUACACAAGGACAGUACAAGCUGGAACAAAAUCUCAAUUGGCGAGACUGACUGUGGUUUAGUGGUGAGAAAUAUAUCCUUAACCAAUGUGAGUCUACCCCACGAAUUAAUCGAGUAUUUGUUUUGUUUGGGGGUCGGCACGAAUGCACUGCUAAGAAAUUUAAAUGAUAGCAUGUUGUCAAAUUUGAGAACCCAACUAUCAUACAACACUCUAUUUACAUUUGCAAGGAGGCAGAUUGUUAAAAAGAAAGCAGAGGGUAUACCUAUUAAUCAAAAGACGAGGCUGCUCGGAGCGAAGUCUGGCAAAUAUGAAAAGGAAGAAUUCGGGGACGUACGCUUGAACCUUGUAAACAAGUUGCUGGUUGGGAUUCGGCAUUGUCGAAUCAAUGAGAAGAAUGUGCUUUUUGAUAGCAAUGAUGUGUUCAAUGACUUAAAUCAAAGGGUCUCUACGCAAAGUGGCGUUGGAGUGAACGUGGUAUUUUGUAAUCCGGUUUCGUUAUAUCAACAAUUUCAUGUAUUUGGAACACUACCGUGGCUUUUAAAAAUAAUGGAGGAUGCUUGUAAAUUACGAGAUGAAACAUUGAGAGAUACACUUUUCUUGAGGACGUUGUCGUUAUUGUUCAAGCUUUUAACGAAUGACUGGAGACUAAGUAAAGAGUUUGAAGGUUUUAGUGGCUAUAAUUUAUUGGGGCUCAUUCUACUUCAAUACAAAGCCACCAAUCCUAAUUUAACUUUCCAUACCGAGGCUGUUUCCACAGAGAGUGCUGAGAUUGAAAGUUUAAGCUCUCUAUUGAAUAUAUUGUUGAGCUAUUGUGGCUUUGAUUUUGCUAACUCAGCAAAAUCAGUGAUUAUCAAUUUUGAAUGUUAUAGAGUUUUGGUUUUGAAUUUUGAUUUGUUCUACCCGUCAGACUCGUUUGAGUUUCUUCUUUCCCAUGUUUACACGUUGCUAGUAACUUCUGACUACAAGCAGCAUAACCUACUAUAUAUCAAAAAAGCAAGUUUACUAAAGCGAUUGCUACAUUUCCUCAAAAGCCCAAAAGUGAAAGAUGGGCAAUUAUCCCCGAACUUUGAACACACUUUGCUGCGAAUGAUAUUAGCACUUUUAGCAGAAGAUGCAACCACUGAAUCAAUUCUAGCAGUGUCCUCAUACAUAAUAUUUGCUCUUUACAGCCCUGAAAGCUCGAAGAUCUGUGCAAAUGCUGCAUUAAUUGCUCUCACGGAUUUCAUUUGUGACCCAAAAACACCAAUUAAGGCUUUGAAGAAAUUUUCACGAUCAAUCACCAUACAUUGGAUUACCCUUUUGUUUAAGAGUGAGAUAGAGCUGGCUGUACGUUGUGGGGUGCGUUUGCUAACUCGUUUAUUGAAUAUUUUGGGGAAACACAUUGUCAGCCGGUUCUUCGAGCAAAAUCAUGGGCUCGACAUGUUAUCGCUGUCCCUUGAAUCUUGGUGGAGCAGCGGUAAUGUUUUGAGAUUAAUUUUCUGUGCUUCCUUUGGUGUAUCUGGUUCUCACGGCGUGGCGGAGCCACUAGCACCAAUAGAAUCUGCAGAUAUACAAGUACCAGAGUUUCUCUUGCUACUAAAUGAGUUGGAAUUGAAUGCAAUGUAUACAUUGAGCACCAACUUCGGUAUGACUAUGGGCAGUAAUCCAUCUACUCCAGUUAAAACGCGUGUUCAAGAAGACAUUUCUUUAUCAUUUGAUGUCCUUCAUCUGCUUAAUAUGUGUUGCGAUUGGUUAGAGAAGUUUAAUGUUUUGUCGAAAAUGGAAAAUUCGCCACAAUACAUGAAUGGCUUAGUUUAUCUAUUGGGGUAUUUGAAACUAAGCUUGACGUGGUUUUCAGAUGAAGCCACUCAGACCGGUUUUUCUCGGCUUUACAAACGCUUAUUGGACUUGUUAACUCAGAACUAUGUCUCCAGUCUACGGUAUGGUAAAUUUCACGCUACUUUCAACGAGUUAAGUGACUUUAGCAAGCUAUUGUUGUUGAAUUACGUAUUUCCCAAAAUUUUUGAACAUGUCAGAGACUUCAUUACCCUCUCAAACUUCAUUCACGAUGAAGCUCAGUUCUCCAGAAACUUGGCAAUUUUAUUGCUGACAUUCCACCAUGAAUUUGCAGGUAAAAAUUAUUUUGUUGCAACGGAAGACUUACAAAAUUAUUUGACCUGUCAAGUCAUAUUGUUGGAGAAAAAUCAAACAAAAGAGGUGAAGAAGUUAGAGCCCAUCUUGGUGGAAACGGUGACUCUACAACUUGUCCAAAUUUCAUGUGAUAUUGACUAUGCAUUCCAUUCCAAUGCAAAGCAGUUGACAAUUUUGUUGAAGGAGCUUCUUUACAGACAGAUGACCAUUUUCGAUAAAGAUGUUCUUAAACCAGAUAGUUUAGUUCCAAUAAUCAAGCUUGUUCUUGGUAUGGUAUUGACCAACGGUCCGGAAGAUGAACAAAUAUCGACAGAAAUUACUUUCAGCUUCCUUAGAACUGCCUAUUUACAGUGGAUGAAUGACUUUCCCAUGGUUAUACAAAAGUUGAAUUUUGACACGAGCUUAAUGAAUGAAUUCUUUACAAAUUUAAUGACGAGAGAUGACAAUGAAUCUUUAUCUAAGUUAAGGAAAUACCCUCCAGUUGUAAAGAGUAUUUUGAAAGAUUUUCAAGCAUUAAAGCAAGAGUACUUGAAAUCUGAACGUUUGAGAGUAUCGAGCAUUGCAAAAGCAAGUCUACAUAGCGGAGCAAAGAUAGCUCAAACAAAUAGCAUUUAUGUGAAAAGCUUUGAAAAUGAUUGUCAGUUGUUGAAGAGACAGACAAUGAGGGCAGAAAGAGCCAAGUACAACCGCACUGUUCAGGACCGGAAUGACAAUAUGACUCAAUACAACCAAGCAUACCAUACAUUGAAGAGCGAGACAAUUAGAAUUUUUGGCCUUCAUGAACCGGAGAGUUGCACACUCGACUAUAUUGAAAACGAUGACAGGAUGCGAAGGCGAUUUGUGAUAGAAGAUCUAUUGCCAGAAUCUGAAAAACUAAGCUAUGAAGUUCAAGUACCUUUAUUGCAGUCUGAAGUUGAAGCAGCCCUUCCGAAUGAAUCCAUCUACACAGUUGUACCCAAUACUGUUGACACAAUGUCUUUUUCCAAUGAGCUUUUAGAAAGUAUCGUUGACAAUUCAAAGCCACGGGAAAGCCACAAUGAGACCACUGUUGAUGAGAAUGAGGAAGAUUUUGAUGACAAAAACAGACGCGUUAGUAGGAGCUUAUAUGUUGGUGAUCAAAUCGUAUCUAUUUGGAAUGUUUGCCAAAUCAAUGGGUUGGUGCCUGUUGAAAGUCUAUUGAUUUUGGGAUCAAGCUACUUAUAUUUGAUUGAAAAUUACUUUCAUGGACAAGACGGGAAUAUUGUUGAUGUGCAUGAUGCUCCGCAAGAGCUCAGAGAUCCUAUUACACAGUUGGUUAAUUUGCAAUCCAGUAGUCUAGAUUUGAGUAGUCACUCACAUAGGACCAAAAGUUGGGGAUUGGACAAAUUGAGUUGCAUAUCUAGACGCCAGUUUUUGCUUCGUGAUAAUGCGCUAGAAAUGUUUUUCAGUGAUGGAUCCAACAUUUUGAUAACAUGCUUGACUUCCAAAGAAAGUAGCGUUGUAUACAAUAAGCUAUCUCGCUAUGCUACAGGUAAAGACAUCGACCCUGAUCUUACACAAGCAUUGGCACUGAACUCAAAUGUUUCACACAAUAACAGUAUUUCCUCCAAAUUGGUGUCGGCAUUGUCUAAUUCGUCCCUUAACAGCUAUCUUCAUUUAUCUGCUACUAAAAGGUGGAAAAUGGGAGAAAUUUCAAAUUUUUAUUACUUGAUGAUAAUAAACACUUUGGCAGGAAGGACAUUCAAUGAUUUGACUCAAUACCCAGUGUUUCCUUGGGUGAUAGCUGAUUACAUGAGCGAGUCGUUGGACUUGUCAAAUCCUAAAGCAUUCAGAGACUUGUCAAAGCCAAUGGGUGCACAAACAUCCGGCAGAGCGAACCAGUUUAAGGAGAGAUAUGAGGCAUUGGCUAGUUUGGACGAUCGAGAUGCUCCUCCCUUCCAUUAUGGAACACAUUAUUCAUCUGCAAUGAUUGUCACGUCUUAUUUGAUUAGAUUGAAACCGCAUGUUCAAUCGUAUCUUUUAUUACAAGGAGGUAAAUUCGAUCAUGCGGAUAGACUUUUUAAUUCAAUAGAAAAGGCUUGGUAUUCGGCUUCACGAGACAACACAACAGAUGUCAGGGAAUUAAUUCCCGAAUUCUACUACUUGCCUGAAUUUCUUGUAAAUUCAAACAAUUUUGAUUUUGGAAAAUUGCAAAAUGGUGAAAAAUGCGAUGAUGUAAAAUUACCUCCGUGGGCCAAAGGAGAUCCGAAAUUGUUUAUUGCUAAAAAUAGAGAGGCUUUGGAGAGUCCGUAUGUUUCAGCUAACUUGCAUUUAUGGAUUGAUUUGGUGUUUGGGUUGAAACAGAGUGGGCCCUAUGCCAUCGACUCAUUAAAUGUAUUUCAUCACUACUCUUAUAAUGGAGCAAUUGAUUUGGAUAAUAUAGAAGAUGAUGUACAAAAACGUGCGGUCAUUGGCAUGAUCAACAACUUUGGUCAAACUCCAGCAAAAGUGUUUUCAAAACCACACGUCAUGAAGGAGGUUUUGAAUUUACCAUCUUAUUAUUUGACGUUGUUGAGUUUUGAAAGGGAGCCCGCUUUGGUGUUCGAAUCCAAGAUCAGGGAGCCAAUAGCUAAAUUAGAAAUUAGUUCAAGGAACCCUCGUCGAUGGGUUGGAAGACACAAAUGUGUUUCAUGCGAAGAUGAACUUUUGAUUCGAAAACCAAAGUAUCCUAACUUUCUCAAUGGCUCUUUAAUAAUCAAUGAUACGACUUUUACAAACAUCCACUCCUGUGAUAUAACGUCUAUAUUGCAAAUUGGAUUUAAGAUUUUCCUAACCGGGGCACAAAAUGGUUUAAUCUCAGUUUGGAAAUAUCAAGUGAAACCGCAAAUAUCUUUGGAACACAUUACUACAUUGAGAGGACAUUUUUGUUCUAUUACAAACAUGGCCUACAGUAGAAGCUUUAAAAUUGGUGUUAGCGUGGAUGAAGAUGGAGUAGUUAUAUUGUGGGAUUUGAUUAGAUUCAACUUUAUCAAGAAGUUCUCUCCUGAUGAUGAAGGUCGUUCGAGAUGUCUUGCCAGUAUCUCAAAUGAUUCUGGGAAUAUUGCAAUCAUGCGAGGAAAUGGAAAGCAAGGUAUAUUGAAACUAUACAAUGUGAAUGGUGGCUAUAUCCUUUCCAAAACCAUUGAAAAAUUUGACAAUGUUUCUGCAGUAACAUUUGGGACUACAAAUAUACCGGGACUCAGUGGAAGCAGGUCAGGAGCUCUUCAAAAUCACGUAUAUUGGUCUAAUGAACUUUUGGUUGUUGCUCGCAAUGAGAGUGUUGAAAUUUGGGAAUUGACUCACGAUUCUCAAGCCGGGUGGGAAUUGAGCCUACUACAAGAGAUAUCAGUACACAUUAGCGGAAAGAUUACGACAAUUUGUUUAUUGAAAUGUUCCGAGGUUGAUAACGAGGAUAGGCUCAUACGUGGUGUGUUGAAAUUGAUAUUUGGUGAUUCAACAGGUAAAGUAUACGUUGUAUAG